UCUUUUUUCCUUCUACUGAACUUUCUGUUAACAAGCUUGGAUACAGCACUCUGUGAAAAGGCAGCUUCAUUGGCAAUGAAUGUUUGUGGCUUACCCUCCUUUUGAAGGGUGUCACUGAUUGUCUUUUGGACAACUGUCCUAUCAGCAGGCUUCCCCAUGAUUGUGCCCAAAUUGAUUGUGAUUGUGUCCAAAUUGAGAGACCAUUUUGAUGGCUCAGGAAAUCUUUGCAGGUGUUUUGAGUUGAUUAGAUGACUGGCAUGUCACCAUAUUCAAUUUUUUUGAGAUAGUGAAUUGAUGGCAACCACUCAAGAUGGAAAACAGAAAGAUAACUCGGAUCAAAACUUUGACUAUAUGUUCAAACUGUUGAUCAUUGGGAACAGUAGUGCUGGUAAGACGUCAUUCCUGUUCCGUUACGCCGAUGACUCGUUUACAUCAGCUUUCGUCAGCACAGUAGGGAUCGACUUCAGGGUCAAAACCGUGUACAGGAACGACAAGAGCAUCAAGUUGCAGAUCUGGGACACAGCAGGCCAGGAGCGCUACAGGACCAUUACUACAGCUUACUAUCGUGGUGCCAUGGGAUUCAUUCUCAUGUAUGAUAUCACUAAUGAAGAGUCCUUUGCAGCUGUGCAAGACUGGUCAACUCAGAUUAAGACCUACUCAUGGGACAAUGCCCAGGUGGUCCUUGUUGGAAAUAAAUGUGACAUGGAGGAGGAGAGGAUAGUGUCUGUGGACAGUGGAAGACUCCUGGCAGAACAGCUGGGUUUUGAGUUCUUCGAGACAAGUGCGAAGGACAAUAUUAAUGUCAAGCAGACCUUUGAGUGCCUGGUAGAUGUUAUCUGUGAUAAAAUGGCUGACAGUCUUGAGACCAACCCUGCUGAAUCUACUGGAGCACCCACAGCCAAACUGACAGACAGCGAUGUGCCGCCCCAGCAGUCUGAGUGCAGCUGCUAGUGAUAACUACACAGGUUGUAAGUGUGUAUGUGUGUGUUUGUGUGUAUGGUUUCUGUGCUAUUGCCAAUCUUUCAGACAAAAAUUACAUCACUGAACCCUAAGGUCAAAAUGUAGGUUAGCGAGAAGCUUUGCAAAAUGUUUUGGGAAAAAAAAAUAGGAACGGUUUUACUCUUAUCUCUAACUCUAGGAUUAUCUGUGCAGAAGUCUCAGUUUAGAUUGGUGAAAAACUCAUAGAUAUGGUGAUGUUGUGCCAAAAUAUCACAGUGUCAGAGGUCUCCUGUGUGAUUAUAUCACUGUAAAGGCCUUAAAUUAUGCAUUGAGGUUAGAUAAUCGUAGUAGAUCUCCUAAACUGUGCAAUACGCUGUUUGUGUCAUUUAAGAUGAAAAAAAAUAUAUAAAUAAAAAAGCCAUGAACUGAAAUAGCAGCUGUGCUUAUUCCCACUCGCCUCAGGGGAAUUACUUAUGUGACUAUUGAUUUCUUUCUACCUAAUGUACAUAUAUAAUUGGUAAGCUUUUGUUAUAUCCUAACUAACGAGUGUUUUGUUGAUUGAAGUCUAUUACAAUAUGUAUUAAAAUGCUAUGCCAUUAUAAGUGAAUAAAUGUGGCCUUAAAACCUGUAAAAA